AUGAUUAUCACCAACGUUGUGUACAGUGCCCAUUUGGACUGUGCUAUUGACUUGAGGCGCUUGUGUUAUCGUAUAUCAAACGCUCGUUACGAUCCUAGAACAUUCCCUGGACUGAUCUGGCAACACAAGACCAUAGGAGGAAAUUGCUUAGUCUUCUCCAACGGCGUUAUCAACUGUAAUGGAAAAGCGACCAGUAUUCAACAGGGACGUCAAAGACUAAGACGUUAUGCCAGACGUAUACAGCGAUUAGGGUACACAGUGUGUCUGAAAGAGAUCAAAUGCAUAACCGUGUCAGCCAGUCACACCUUAAGUACCACCCUAGACUUAAAUCAGUUGGUAAAAGAAAGACAGACCGUGUAUGAACCCGAACUAUUUUCAGCGGUGAAUUUAAAAAAUGAUGGAGUCAAUUUUUGUUGUUUUCACAGUGGUAAAGUGGUCAUUACUGGAAUCAAAGAUCACACUCAACUAGAUGAUGUGGUCUACCCAGUAUUAAUUGAACUGGAACUCUACACGCGUAAGAAGGAGUGA